AAAAAAUUGGUCACUUGGGUCGUAGAUAUUCAAUAUUGAGAUUAUUUUGGUCAAUCGAUCGAGGUGCUUUAAAUUCUGAGGAAUAAGAGUCGUCGUAAUAAAAAGGGUUAGGGAAUGCAAAUGAAAUCACAUGUAGAGAGUGUUUCUUCUUCCAUUCCAAUAAAACCUCGAAUGAAACACAGAAACUGAUGGCUGGGAAUUGGAAAGGCCGGAUCAGAACUAUGUAUGUAUAUAAUAAUGCGUGUGGGAAAUGUAGUGGACGGAGGUAGGAAAUGUCAUCAUCAACCGCGGCAGUGAAAACGGAAAGCGGGUACAUAACAAUAAAGAUUCAAAUGCAGCACCAGCGUGAUCAACUCUUCACAAUCAGGAGGGACGAAGCUUUUGAAGCAGCCUUCAUUGGAUACUGCACUCUGGAAGGUGUAGAUUUCAAGGCCACUCGUUUCACGCACGAAGGAAGACGAGUCCAGCCUCAGGACACGCCGGACAUGUUACAAUUGGAGGAAGAAGACGUCAUCGAUGCCUUCAAUGAGUGUCUAGGCGGCGCACGCUUCCAUCCUUUCUUCUGUCUAGAUUGUUAGUCGGUUACUCCUGUCCUGCCAUGCUACCUACUAUCGGUUUAAUUUACACCCAUAUUCCGGGGCCCUGCACUGCUUAUUUCUAUCUAUGGUUAUACAUAUUCCUAUUACAUUUAUGGCUGCUCUCAAUUAUAUGGUAUUGAAAUUGCCCUCCAUUUUGUGUGCCAGCUUUUAUAAAUUUGAAAUGGUAUUUGGUCAAAAAACACAAAACACUCAAAUGGAGAAACUAGCUUGGUUCAUUUGUAGCUUCUUGCUUUUGGUGUUUCAAAUUCAAAUGUAAGAUCGACCAAGCUCUCCGGAGUUAUGUUGCAUCCAAGUUUCUGUAUUUUGAAACCAAAGAUAUCAAUUGUGAUUUUCGUUCCCUCUGUGAUUGUGAUAUGGAUUUGCUUGAAAGGUUCACACU